CGCUGGUGACGUGUAUGCGCUCACGCGUCCCGGAAGUGGAGGUGAAGCUGGAAGAGUUUGGAAACAAGCUGGCGAUCAGAUGAGUGAGUGUCAGUGCUUCGGCAGACAGAUUGAUUGUUGAGGGCUCAGAGAUCUCAGACGGCGUGUGAGGAUGAUGAUGAUGAAGAUGAAGGCUGUGGUGAGUGUGGUGAUCUUCCUCCUGACGGUGUCGGAGAGCAGCGCGAGGAUCCAUCAGCUCAAACUCAAGAAUGAGACGCGGUUUCUGGUCCAUUUGAACUCGUUCGGUUAUUUUGCGGACGGCACUCUGGACGUCCAUCUCGUGUCUCUGAAGCUGCCGCAGGAGAAGAUUGACUCCGGGAAUGUGGGCUUCAGUUUGGCCCGGUCUCGAGUGACCGGUAUCCUGUCCUACACCGCGGAGGAGGUGGAGGAGUGCAAGCUGACGAAACCUAAGAGUGAUGAAGAGCUCAUCCUCUUCAUCAUCAACACCAAAGACCUCAGCGUCGAAGUGAGGCACUUUGGCAAAUCUAACAUCACGCUGGUGUCCAAACUGAAGGCGGAUGGAGAGAAAGGGAGAACGAAAAGAGAAAGUGCAGAGGUUGAGAAGCCAAAAGAGCCGAGUGUUGAUAAGACAACAAAACCGAAAGAAAAUUCACAAGAUAAGACCAAAGUGACGCCUGCUGUCAGCAGCACCUUCAGCCAGAUGGUGGAGAGUUUGGACGGGAAGCGGCUGGAGCUGCAGCAACACGGUGAUUCCUACAACUUCAGCUUUCGUCUCAUGAUGAGCGCGAGCUCGCAGGGCCUCUACAACCUGGACUUCCACAACUGCCUCAACACCAAGCCGCUGAGUCCGUAUUCUCUCCACGUGGAGAUCACAGAGAAGAAUCCCAGCGGUUAUCUGUCGGCGGCUGAGAUUCCCCUGCCGCGCCUCUACAUCUCAAUGGCUGCCGUCUUCUUCACCGCCGCCGUGGUGUGGACAUACACGCUGCUCAAGUACAGGUACAGCGUGUUUAAGAUCCACUGGCUGAUGGCGGCGCUGGCGUACACUAAAGCUGUGUCUCUGCUGUUUCACAGCAUCAACUAUUACUUCAUCAACUCUGAAGGUCAUCCUAUUGAAGGCUGGGCCGUCAUGUACUACAUCACACACCUGCUGAAGGGGGCUCUUCUGUUCAUCACGCUGGCUCUCAUCGGCACUGGCUUCGCCUUCGUUAAAUACAUCCUGUCAGACAAAGAGAAGAAGAUCUUCAUGAUUGUCAUUCCUCUGCAGGUUCUGGCUAACGUGUCUUAUAUCAUCAUCGAGGAGACGGAGGAGGGUUCGAGUGAAUACGCUCUCUGGAGGGAGAUCCUAUUCCUGGUGGACCUUAUCUGCUGCGGAGCCGUCCUGUUCCCUGUCGUCUGGUCCAUCCGACACCUGCAGGAGGCUUCGAACACAGAUGGCAAAGCUGCCAUGAACCUGGAGAAGUUAAAGCUCUUCAGACAUUACUAUGUGAUGAUCGUGUGUUAUAUCUACUUCACGCGGAUCAUUGCGAUACUGCUGAAGCUCACUGUGCCGUUCCAGUGGCAGUGGUGUCAGGAGUUUUUAGUGGAGGUUUCUACUCUGAUCUUCUUCGUCUUGACUGGAUUCAAGUUCCGACCGGCAUCAAAUAACCCGUACCUACAGCUGCCUCAGGACGAGGAGGACCUGGAGAUGGAUGAAGUUAUAACAGAAUCGGGAGCGCUGGAGGGCAUCCACAAGGUGAAGAAAACAUCUAACGGCCGAGAGAGACAGAGAGAGGUUGCGUUGUGAGUGUCAUAUCAAUAAGGGCGGAGCCUGGACUCUCAAACUCCUCCCCUUCCUGAGGUUGCUGUCACGGUACCCACAGACUCACUAUGCAAGUGAAAGAAAAAAAAAAACGGAAUGGAAAAAACGUGUGAGAAUAAAGCACAACAGACGCAAUUUCCGUGAGAGAAUGAGCUGAUUUUCCCAUACAGACUCUGGGACGACGGUGACACAGACUGAAUCUCUUGCUUUGGUUUACCGUAAUGAUGUGGUCACUCUGCUCUGUCCGUUCAUUUGUUCGCUCAUUUAUUCCUUCAUUCCAAAGAUGUACAAUCAUUAUACUGGAUGUUACAAUAAUUUGAUUUGUUUGGUUUUAGCCUUCUUUUAUUUCCUAAUGUCUUUAUUAUUUAACCGAAGAAGUUUGAUGCUGUUGUUUGUAUAUCAUGGUUUUUUCUGUUAAUUUUUGAUCCGAUGGCUGGAAGCGAUUCUUCUCUAACAGAACUUUGAAACUAGCGUAAAUACAGCGCACCGUAACAGAUAAGACAGUGCUUCUUAAAACAGGUUGGUUAUCGUGACAUCGUCACCAGGUAAGCUGAAGAUUUAGGGAACGUUCAUCACCAAACGCAACGUGUAAUUUCUUUUUCCUCAGAUGGAUAUAUUUAAGAUUUUUAUUAAAGUUUUUCUGGUGUUGUAAAUUUCUUUAAAGCGCACGGCUGCGUUCAUGACUGUUAAUGUUUAUGUUCUGUCCUGGAGGAAGCUGAGUGUUCCUGAGAGGUUCCUAUAACAACAUUAUCAGUCAUGCGACACACCAAUAACAAUUUUUGUCUUUUGCUGCUUUGAAAAAGGUUGCGCUUUAUUUUGUGAUAUUUUGCUCAUGGCUCCAUCUACUCUGUAUUAGUCCCUCCUUUAUUUAACAACUAUAAAUAUUGAUAUACAGUUAUAAAUGAAGGACUAACCACUGCUACACCAUAUUACUGCGAAAGCGACAACCGCAUCGCGACCGUUAAAACUAACGGUCCACACUGAAAGCGCGGGAAUCUUCGCAGCAGUUUAGAUUUGAAAACCUCUCCAGAACGCCCCCACUCUAGUUUCCCCCUCAGUGCUUUUAAACUGGCUAAUAUUUCCACAAACUGUAAGAAAAUUUUUUUGUCCUGCUUGAUUAAUUGCUGGUUUAUCAUGCUAAUUGUGUUCAAGUUUGAAAUAAAUCAAAUGACAACAA